CAUAUGAGAAUCAGACCGAUCACAGAGAAAAAAAAAUGGAGGAGGAAAGUAACAACAACAAGAGUAUUAUUGAUAAGGCAACAACAAUGAAUGAAAACAAGAGUUCAUCAUCACCAGAAGAUGACGACGGCGAGGGAGGGAUGCUUCCAGGUUUCAGAUUCCAUCCAACAGACGAAGAACUGGUAGGGUUUUAUCUCAGAAGGAAAGUGGAGAAGAAGACUCUUCGAAUCCAAGUCAUCAAACACAUUGAUAUCUACAAAUACGAUCCCUGGGAUCUUCCAAAAGAAGCGAGCGGGAGCCUGGGAGAGAAGGAAUGGUAUUUCUUCUGCAAGAGGGGAAGGAAGUACAGGAACAGCAUCAGGCCAAACAGGGUUACGGGGUCAGGAUUCUGGAAGGCCACUGGAAUUGACAAAUCCAUUUACAAUAAUGCCCUCACCCACUGCAUUGGCCUCAAGAAGUCCCUCGUCUACUACAGGGGCAGUGCUGGCAAAGGCACCAAGACUGAUUGGAUGAUGCACGAGUUUCGUCUCCCUCCUACUACUAACCCUUCCACCACCACCACCACCAAUCAAAACAAUCGUCUUCAAGAAGCUGAAGUGUGGACACUUUGUAGAAUAUUCAAACGAAUCCCAUCGUACAGAAAAUACACACCAACUUCCAAAGAUACAGCCACAGCAGGAUCCGCCACUAGAAAAAAUUAUCACCACUCAACAGAUACAGAUUCAAGCAAUUCUAAAACAUUAGAAUUUGACAAAUACAACAUCACCAAGCCAUAUAGCUCCACUUGUUUCAGGUCACCAUCAUCAUCAUCAGACUCUAUCAUUAUUCCUCAUCAUCAUCGUGAAACAAAAUUACCAUCAUCAGUUCUUGAUGAAGAAAGAAGCCACUUUUUUCUGGGUCAGUUUGCUGGCCAUCAUCAUCAUCAUCAAGCUCCAUCAUCAUCAAUGGUGAAUAAUAGUUAUAAUUAUAAUCACAGCUUUUUGAAUCAUCAGAAUGUGGAAGAUGUGCUUGCCAAUGGUAACUGGGAUGAACUCAGAUCUGUUGUUCAGUUUGCUGCUGAUCAUAAUCAUUCCACUGUUUUAUGAUUGUACAAGAUCUGAUGUGGAUUUAGUGUAGUCUCUAUGGUCUGGUUUUUAGUUCAAUCCUGUUGAGAAAAUCUUGAUCUUUUAUUUGUUUUGAUAAUGUCACAUGUUAUAUGUUAUGUCAUCUGAUUUAAGGCUUCAGAAUUAUGAGAUGGCAUGACAUAUGACAAUCGGCAGCGAAUCAAAAUAAUGAAUAGUCAAAAAUCUUUUUUCCAACAAGACUCUACUGAAAACCUAUAGAUUGCACUAAAUUCAUACCUAGACACAAAAGAUCUGUGUUACAAUCUUUUGAGUAAAUUACUGUUUUUGCUCUUGAAAUAUUAUUAGUUUUUCACUCUGAUCCUCUGAAGUCUGGAGUGUAACCCUUUUAAGAAGAUAAUAUAUACCUUAGAGGAUCAUUUGGAAAGGUUAAUCGGGAUCAUGGUAAUUUAGUCAACACACACACACACAUUAGCAGAACUUACCUUUGACAUAUUUAUCUCUUUUAGUACGUAACUUGAUCUGUUCAUUUUUUUUAACAUUUAAACCAUUACACCAGAUAUAGAAAUAUGCAUGCCUGUAUCUCCUACCCUACUUUUCUAGGGUUGAAGUGAGAAACUCUGACAGAAUGUAUUGUAGUAAUUAUUCUCAGGCUUAUUGUUUUGGCAUUAUUACUUAUUAUUUGUGUCUUUCA